AAUUAUUAUUAUCAUUUCAGAGAUGCAAAUGGAAAAAGGGAAUAUAUUCUAAGUUUGGUUUCUUGCUUAGUUGUUCUUCCUUUCUUGCUUGAUUACUUCAACUAAACCAUGGCUUCCUUAUUAUAUAGAGCUUUUGGCUAUGAAGCUGCAUCCUUUAUAAGCCGUUUGUUUGCACAUCCAUCUCAUCAUAAUAAUCACAAACACAAUAAGAAGUUCAACAUGCCAAAGGGUCGGCCGAUUUCCUUACAGACAGUUGAGCUGAAAGUAAGGAUGUGCUGUACAGGUUGCGAAAGAGUUGUUAAAAACGCAGUCUACAAGCUCAAAGGCAUAGAUUCGGUGAAAGUGGACUUAGAGAUGGAAAGGGUAACAGUUACGGGAUAUGUUGAGAGGAACAAAGUGCUUAAGGCAAUUAGAAGAGCAGGAAAAAGAGCUGAAUUUUAUCCUUACCCAAAUCCACCACUUUACUUCACAUCAGCUAGUCAUUACUACAAAGAUACAGCCAAUGAGUUCAAAGAAAGUUACAAUUACUACAGACAUGGUUACAAUCUUCCGGAUAGACAUGGGACCAAUCAUGUCACUCAACGUGGUGAUGACCAAGUUAGCAACAUGUUUAAUGAUGAUAAUGUUCAUGCUUGUUCUCUCAUGUAAAUGUAAAUAAAUUAAUAAAUCACUUGUCUAUGUUGUUAGAUGUGUAUGUAUAUAUUAAUAGCUUGUUGUGAAAACUUUUAUAUCAUAAUAUGUAAAUUUGUUGUAAAAUUAUGCGUUUGUUGCUAUAACUAGCUGUCAUGAAAAUAUUUUAUU